CCUUCGUCCAUGGCGUUGGCCGCAUUUUCUUGCCCAUUGCCGCUGUCUAGGGUUCUUGCGCAGCCUCGCGCGGGCUGGAAUGGCGCCAGGGUUUGCUCCGAUCGAUCCGUGGCUGUGUGCGCGACCAGGAGCCGAGGGCGCAAGCCGCGACGAGGAGGCGAUGGCGAGGGCGAGCACAGGUAUGCGGAUUCGGCAGGAAAUGAUCCGCCUGAGGCGGAGGGGCCCGAGGAGGCGUUCCAGCCGAGAAAGAAUGGCGGACCGGAUCAGGACAAGGCGGCGGUGAAUGGCGUGGCGAACAGCUCGUCUAUGUUCAACAAGCUCAAGGAUUUGGGGGAGAGGUAUGAAGCUUCUAAGGUUUCCAAGCGACGAGCAGCGAAUGUGGUGGUGAAAUCCUCGGAAGAAUCCGAUGGAAGUGAAGAGGAGGAAGAAAAGGGUGAAGGAGCACAAGCAUCCAUACCAGAGGAGGCUCCGCCCCCACCAAAGGUGAAAGUUGACAAGGACGAUCCAUCUUUCAACUUGGAGCUUGGAGAGCUCCAGGAGAGUGUGAUCAAGGAACCGAGAUUCAAGAUGACACUCACGGAGCUCCUGGACGAAGCCAAAGUCGUGCCAUUGUCUGUGGAAGGAGACUUGGACGUGAUCAUCUCUGGAAUCCAUCACGACUCCCGUCAAGUAAACUCGGGCGACAUGUUCGUGUGCUGCAUUGGAGAAACAUCCGACGGCCAUAGCUUCGUUCCUCAAGCAGCCGAGCAGGGAGCCGUGGUUAUCGUCGCCACCAAAGAAGUGGAGAUCGGUGAGAGCGUCAAGGCAGUGGUGAUAGUCAGUGACACGAACUCGAUCCUGUCGGCUCUCGCUGGUGCUUUCUAUGGACGUCCGUCGGAAAGUUUGGCCGUGGUUGGCAUCACAGGUACCAAUGGCAAAACGACUACGUCCUAUCUUCUAAGAAGCAUCUACGAGUCUAUGGGACUAAAGACUGGUUUGAUCGGUACCAUAUCUUACUCCAUCCAUGGAAAGCACAAGCAAGACGCUCCUCACACUACUCCCGACGCUGUUUAUCUCCAGAAGUUGAUGGCGACGAUGGUUCAUAACAGGACGGAGGUCUGCGUGAUGGAGGUUUCGUCCCACGCUCUUGCUCAGGACCGGUGCAAGGAAAUCGAUUUCGACGUUGCGGUGUUUACGAAUUUAACUCGGGAUCAUAUGGACUACCACGAGAACGAGGACAGUUACAAGGAAGCCAAGGGAAAGCUUUUCGCCAGCAUGGUCGACCCUGCGAGGCACAGGAAAGUCGUUAACAUAGACGAUCCAAAUGCAGGCUACUUCGUUUCGCUGGGAAAUCCGAAAGUGCCAGUGGUUACGUUCGGCAUGGAAAAGUCUGCUGAUGUGCAUCCUCUCGACAUCCAACUUACACUGUUCGAGACGAACGUUCUCGUCAAGACACCCCGAGGGAACAUCGAGAUAUCGUCAGGCCUUUUGGGAAGACACAACGUGUACAACAUUCUCGCGGCUGUUUCAGUGGGGAUUGCUGUUGAUGCUCCACUAGAAGAUAUUGUUCGCGGGAUAGAAGAGGUGGACAGCGUUCCCGGAAGGGUCGAACUGGUGGACGAAGAACAGCCCUUCGCCGUCAUCGUUGAUUACGCGCACACUCCUGACGCUUUGUCUCGGCUUUUGGACACAGUACGAGAGUGUGGUCCACGGCGAAUUAUCACAGUUGUUGGCUGUGGAGGAGACAGAGAUCGAGGAAAGCGACCAGUGAUGGCUAAAAUAGCUGCUGCAAAAAGCGAAGUUUGCAUUUUUACUUCUGAUAAUCCGAGAUCCGAGGACCCCCUGGAAAUUCUGGACGACAUGUUGGCUGGUGUCGGAUGGUCGAUGGACGAAUAUCUAAAGUGUGGCGAGAGGAGCUACUAUCCUCCCAUAUGGAACGGCAACAGGGUGUUUGUCUACGAUCUCCGAAAGAUCGCCGUGCGAGCAGCGGUUGCCAUGGGUGAAGAAGGGGACGCAGUGGUUAUAGCGGGCAAAGGACACGAGAAGUAUCAAAUCAUCGGCAAGGAGAGGAAGUAUCACGACGACCGUGAAGAAUGCAGGGAAGCGCUCUUGCAUGUGGACAUGCUUCACGCGUCCGGAAUCGAUACGAGUGAAAUCCCAUGGAAGUUCCCGGGACACAAGCUAUAGACAAGGUAUGAUUUUUACUUCGUUUUUCCGGUAAAAAUGCAGUUUUGUAUAAAGACAACAGCUAAACUAUGUUCAAAGAAAGAAUGGCAAAGAGAUAUCCUUUACUUCGAUUUUUAGAC